AUGAUGAUGUUAUUGAAGCCUUUGAAUCGGCGAUUCAAUUUCAUGGGGGAUUCUGCAUACGGACAGAAAGCAGUCGUGCCCAUGGAUGACAAGAGGAUAGUGGAGCUGCUGCGAUUGAUCGAAGGGUACAAGGAUGAGCUCCCGCACCCCAGGUUGAGGUUGAAGUCCGCAAGGCUGGACAAGUUUGCUACCGGAAUGCUUCGAUGGCAGCCCCGACAGGUCAUGGUCACGAAGCAAUUUUUGGUGAUAGCGAAAGAUGGAUCCAAGGUUGCCAACGAGGUCGUACCCUUGCACGAGGUGGAGCAUGUGGAGGCGGUGGAGGACGAGGGGCAGUUAAUCCGGAGGAUAUCCGUCUUUGACAAGCGAGUAGAAUCGAGCUUAUAUGACAAGCCCAAGCCAGUCACUUGCUUUGAGAUUUCAACGAUCAACAAUGGUUACAAUGCGGGGAGGAAGUAUUGCUUUCGGACGAACGGAGAGGCUGAGCGAGACGAAUGGAUCUCUUUCUUGGUCUCAGCCUCCAAGUCUGCAAGAGACAAGCAGAGAAAAGCUAAUCCCGAGUUGUCAAAGAUUGCUUGGAUUCAGCUUGUUCUAAGAGACAAGCUUCAGUCCGAGACCUUCCAGGUCAUUAUCUCCGUCAUAAUCCUCACGAAUUUUGUUAUCAAUAUUCUGGCUGCUGAAUAUUUGCCCGACGACAACGGUGUCAACAUUUCUCUCUUUGAAAAGUUCGACAUGUUGUUUACUGCAAUCUACUCACUUGAAUUGAUACUCCUGCUGUUUGCUUACGGUUGGAGCUUCUUUCUAGACGGUUGGAAGAUCUUUGACUUCGUGAUCGUUGGAAUCAGUAUCGCUGCAUUUACAAUCGCAGCGAAAAGCAAAUUCCAAAUCCUACGUCUCAUCCGAGUCUUUCGAGCGGUCAAGGCUCUACAGAUCUUUGCUUCUUUCCGACAGAUCAUCAAUGCUCUCAUAAGCUCCUUCACGCCUGUCUUGAGCUCGUUCGUCAUCCUCGUCCUUGUCACUUGCAUCUAUGCCGUCUUGGCUGUCAACUUGUUCCAAGAACGCAAUCCUGCCCUCUUCGGAGAUUUCAAGCGAGCGCUUUUCACCAUGUUUACAAUCAGCACGGGAGACAGCUGGAGAGAUGCUACUCGGACUCUCUUCCUGAGCCCCGACGACUUUUCAGCUCCCAUCGCUCUCUUCAUCACCUCUUACGUCAUCAUCGCCGGCAUCGUCCUGAUCAACGUCGUCAUUGCCGUCCUGAUUGAUGAAUUCUCCGGCUCUGUCGCCAAGGAGAAGGAGGCUCGCAAGCGGCAGACUCUGCACACCCUUGACAGUGUAAUCUCGUCCUAUUCGGGGCCCAUCGACCCGCUGCUCUACUCUCUCAUCCACUACAACACCAACGAGGAUCUCAGCAAGAAGAUCCAGCAGCUCUUUGACUUCCUUGAUGCGGACGACAGCAACUUCCUCUCCUUCUCUGAGAUUGAGCAGGGGCUGCGCAUGAUGAAGAUCGGGAGCAGGAUGCACUUCUCCAUGGAGGACUACGAAGAGCUCACGCGCUAUGGGGCCAUGUGCAACGAGGACCAGGAGAUCGACCGAGAGAACUUUGAGAAGAUGAUCAGGACGGAGCUCAAGCGCUUCGUGCAGAGGAGGAUGGCGGCGUCGAUGAUCGAGGAUGCGGCAGCGUCCGACCAGAUGUCCCCCGUGUUCAUGGUGUUGAAGCAAAUCAUCCUUGACAUCGAGGAGCUCUCUAAGAAAUCAGCGUCCGAGCCUUCAAAGGUGCAGACUCAAGGCUUAGGAGCAAGUGAACCCUCGGCCAACGGGUCAGCCUCGGAAGACAUCAAAGACUUCCUGGCCAAGCACAUGAAGGCCUACGAUAGGAAACUUGACGCCAUCCUGCGGGCUGUGAGAGGGUCAGCUGCUGGUGGGGCAGCUGGGGCAGGAGCUGGAGGGGGAGCUGGGGUGGCGGAGCCGGUGAACAGGCCGAGGACGUGGACAGGAAGAGAAUCGUCUCAGGUCUUGUUCGAGGACAGCGCACCGAACGUCAUCAAGGAGGAGAAGAAGAAGAUGAGAGCGACAGUGCAUGGGGCAGGCGCGCAGGAACGGCUAAGAAGAAGUCAGAACGAGAUCGUGAUCUCAAGGAGGCAGGCGAAGGAAGGGGCCUCUUCUUCCAGAUCUCCCACCAGGAGGGAACGAGCUACAGUCGAUCUUGACGAGCUGGAGGAGGCGUUCACUCGAGUUGUGAGCAUGCCCUCCAAGCUGGAGCACAGGGCGGGCAAGCCGACGCCCCUCCUGCUCGAGGGAUACUUGGAGCCGAUAAAGGAAAAGGACAAGGGACGCGAGAAGGGAAGUGGGAAGACGCCGAAGGAGGGAGAUGGCGAGGCUGGGAAGCAGGUUGCGAAGCGAGAGCAUCAUUCCAAGAGCGAGAAAGUGUCAGUGAUGAAGUUCAUCCUUGACUCCACGGGCUUUCUCCUCGUCAAGGUCCCAUGGAAGCAGAUCCCAGCUGACCCCCUGCUGCUCUCCAAGACCCGCCUGCUGGGCAGCUCCAACGUGGACGACAUGUGCAGAGGAUGCAAAGCUUGCAGGACGGGAUUGACCCGCCAGGGAGUCCUCCUCUUCGACGCUCAGUUCGUCUACCUCACCGUGCAGAUUCCUCUAGAUGACAAGACCAAGAGCGUCCUCUCCGCCUCUGAGAUCGUCCCUUCCCAGCUGAUUCCCAGCUCAGGGGUGGACAAGUGGCCGAAUGUUCGCUCCUCCUGCUCCAACGUGCUGAGAGGGCUGGGUAUCACAGUGACGCUUCCAGAAAAGUACUCAGAGCUGGUGCAGAUCGUGUCGGACGAUGGCAAGCAUCACCUCGACUGCUUUCACGUCAAGAGUACCUCUCUCGACCUCCACAAGCAGGUGGUAUGCGAUGGAACCUUCGAGCAGGGGCACAUCCUCGCUUCCCCCGCCUCCAGAGAAGUCUGCUCCAUCCUCCCCGCAAAGAUCCCGGUGGAUCGCACAACGCUGAAGUUCCUGUCGUUGAUCCGAGGGAGAGACUGA